AUGAAAAUGAAAUCAAUCUAUACUGUGAUUCGUAAUAAACGAAAUGAAAUAAUCGAUUGGAUUGAAUAUCAUCGAAUGAUUGGUAUUGAACAUUUUUAUUUGCAUGAUAAUUUGAGUGAAGAUCAUAUUGAUAUAUUUCUCAAAUAUUAUCUAGAUCAAGAUAUUGUUACUAUUAUCAAAUGGCCUUUUCGACCAAUUCAAAAUCAACAUUGGAACAUGAUUCAAUCUGCUUCAAUGAAUCAUGAUUUGAAAAAUUUUGGUCCAUUCAAUAAAUGGAUGGGUUAUUUUGAUGUUGAUGAAUAUUUUCAGUUAAACAAUACAAAUGAACAACUAAUUCUAAGUAGAAAAAAAUCACUUGUUGAAUUACUUGAUCAAUCAUUUCCAGAGACAAAAUUUCCUGGAGGUGUACAGUUUUAUAAUUGUACAAUAUCAUGUUUUCUAUCACAAGAGGAAAUACUUGCAAGUCGUCAUUUGAACAUGUUUCAAAAAUGCAAUUCAAUUGUGGAUUGUACAGUUAUUCAAGUGACUUCUCAACCAUGUCAUGGAAUGUCUCAAUAUAGUCAAUGUUCGACAAAUAGUGCAUGUGGAUGCCUUUAUAAAGCAAGUUCUGAUAACAUUGCUAUUUGUGGUUUUCUUAGGGUGACUUGUUCUGAACUUGUUUCCUGUGAAUCUUUAAACAAUACUUGUUAUGAGCCUAACCAUACUUGUAUUCGUCAUCCACGAUGUCAUAAUCUUCCAGUUUGUUAUCCAUUAUCAAUGAGUAAUCAACAAAUGUGUCCACAAACUACAAAGGUAACUACAAUGGCAACAACGUCAGUAGGAACAACAACAACAACAACAACAAAGAAACCUAUUCCACAAGAUUGUUCAGAUUCGAAUCUAAUUACAUUCGACAACAUAACAAAUGAACCUUUAGCUGAAAUACCUUCGAAUUACAUUGGCUUACAAUGGAAAAAUUUUUAUGUCAUGAAUUUAACUGCUUUUCCAUCCUAUGAUACAAGUGGUUUCUCUACAGCACUUCAAAGUGGAUAUAUCGCAUACAAUAAAAAUGGAUCAACAAUGACAAUUAGUACUAGUCCACCAUAUAUGUUUAACUUAUAUUCAUUUAUUACUACUUCUGCUUUUCAAAAUCAGGUAAAAUUAACAAUGAUUGGAGAACGCUCAUCUAAAAUAUGGUAUUCUGCAAUGUAUCCAUUAUACACACAUUGGCCACAAUUAAUCAAACUGAACUAUUUGAAUAUUGAUAGAAUUACCUUUUCAACUAUUGAUUCAUCAGAGUUUGCAAUGGAUAAUUUGUGUAUCUCAAUGUAA